AUGGUGAACAGAGGCCAAGAUGUGUCGCCGCCGACAGUGGAGGCGCAAUCGAUCGAGCCAACAAUCUCGGUGGAGAGGCGAAAGCGCCAUUUCGGGCCCAGGAUGAUCUUCAGCGUGGUCAUCAUGUGUAUGGGGACCCUCACUUAUUCCUACGGCGCGGGAGUCAUCGCAACCACCAUUGGACAGCCGUCGUUCUACGCCUACAUGAAGCUCGACAACGGUGCUCGGACAUCCUCAAUUAUCGGUGCCACAACAUCGCUUUACUAUGCCGGCGGUAUCUUUGGUGCCUUUGGCGCCAAUUUCGUCGCGGACCGCUGGGGACGCAAGGCUUCGAUCUACACUGGCGCCCUCACUUCGCUUGCUGCAGCGGCUCUCUGCGCCGGCUCCGUUCACAUUGCCAUGUUCAUUGUCUUCCGGUUUCUGUACGGAGUUGGCGGCUUUAUGUUGUUGAUGACGGUCCCUCUGUGGAUCACCGAGGUUGUGCCAGCAGAGGUUCGCGGCGCGUUCGCUCAGUGCCACGGGGUGUGCACAUCUCUCGGUUAUUUCCUCUCCAGCUACGUGGGUGUGGGAUUCUACACGAACGGAUCUCUCAAAGGGGGGCAGGAUUCCUGGCGAGGCCCGCUAGCCAUCGGCGCUAUUCCGCCCAUCCUCUUCCUCUGCAGCCUGUGGUGGGUGCCCGAAUCACCUCGAUUUCUGCUGCUGAAGGAACAAACUACCAAGGCCUGGGAAAUCGUGCGCAGGUUCCACUCGGCGCCGGGAGACACAGAUCACCGCUACGCACAGAUCGAGAUGUUUCAGAUGAAGAACCAGAUCGAGUUGGACCGCACUCUCCCUACCUCUUGGCUCUUCAUGUUCAAGACGCCGUCGAUGAGGAAGCGCAUGUGCAUGACUAUCUUCAUCGUUUUUGCAGUCUUGUCUAGUGGGAACCUCUGCAUCGCCACCUAUGCUACAGUGAUCAUGAGUCACUCCGGCUGGGAUUCACUGGCGCAGUUGAACAUCCAAGCUGGAAUGAUGGCAGCUGUUAUGCCCGGUAUCUUUGCUGCCAUAUUCUUCACCGAGAAAUUUCGACGCCCGACAAUGGUCAUGAUCGGUCUCCUCGGAAUGACUGUUGUCCUCUCCUGUUACACAGGCGUGGCCGCAAGCGUCAAUCUGGACGCCCAACACAAGGCAGCCCAAAUUGCGUGCGUCGCCUUGCUCUAUCUUUUCCAAAUUUUCUCGGCCACCUUCACGGAAGGACCAUUGUCAUAUUGGGCAGCCGAGUUCUAUCCCACACACCUACGUGCCCGGGGUCAGACCAUCCAGGUAGUGAGCUAUGGUGCCUUCAGCAUUCUCUGGGGCCAGUCCGGACCCACGGCGAUUUCUAAUAUUGGCUGGAGGUUCUUCCUAGUGUUUAUCUGCAUCACGGUCGUGACUUCCUUCGUCAUCUACUGGUAUUUUCCCGACACUCAGGGCAAGAGUCUGGAGGAGAUGGCUCUUUUGUUCGGUGAUGAUGACCUGGUGGUUGUCCGGCAACAGGAUAUCCACAUCGACGCCGAUCAUCACCUCGUGGGUACAGUGCACAAGGACAAGGAGGGACAAGCCAUCAUCGUGAACUUGGAGGAUAUCAACGAUGCUAGAGAGUCAGCAUAG